GCUGGGACGCGAGGGUCACGUCAAGGCGGCGUAGACAAAGGGCGGGCGCGCGCACGUCCCUACGCACGCCUGGGGCCGGCGGCGGCGGCAGUGGCGGCAAGGGCGGGACGGACGGUCCGCGGAGGCAUUUGGCGUUCGGAGCCUCGUGCUUGCUUCGGCAGCAUGUAAGCAGCUUCUUGCCAAGAACCCAGGUCACUGCUGAGAAGAGGGCCUGAGGGAAGAGCAUCCAGAGGAGCCCAAUGCCAGGCGUGCCUGGGAUUACACUCCCCGCGGGCAGCAUGAGCUGUUCCCUGCCAGUGCCUCUGUGCCCCUGGCAAGGCCUGUAGCUCUCCAGGGAGGAGGGUCCCGGGAGCGGCGCGCCAGGAGCCCCCAGAGGAAGGAUGGAGCCAGAUGUGAACGCAAUUUUCAGCUUAUGAAGGAGUUUUAAGGAAAACAAUUAUUUAAUUUCCACUUAUUCACGUUCACAAGACUUCUGUGGGAAGUGCCAGCAAGUCACACCCCCCCCCCCCCCCCCGGCACUGGAGUUAUCAGGCUUUUUCUGGCAGCACGUUGAACUCUUCUUGGUACUUCUGGCAAUGACAGACCUUCAGGACAGAUUUAUCUGCUAAAUGCUCUUGGGCAGGAGAUAAAGGGACACUUCUGGAAGCAGUGCCAGCGGAGCAGAGCCCAGAGCGUGCCCGGGCCACUCACUGGCCGGGCCGCCCCGCCUGUCCUGAAGACUGAGCCCGCCCUGUCUGCCUGCAGCCCGUCUCCUCCAGGGAGGCCCUCAGGGCCCCCUUCUGCUCUCAUCCUCUGCCCAGUCUCCGUUCCGGCCGUCGAGGGAUGCGAACUUGGGAAUGGAGUUGGCGCCCCUCCCCAGGCCGGUGCUGACGGAGAGGACCAUCUGAGGCCGGCUUUGUUCGCGGGGAGGAGGGCACUGGCCUGGCCUGCAUCCCCCACCAUGUUCCUGCUGCUGCCUUUCGACAGCCUGAUUGUCAACCUCCUGGGCAUCUCCCUGACGGUCCUCUUCACCCUCCUCCUGGUUUUCAUCAUCGUCCCUGCUGUUUUCGGAGUCUCCUUUGGUAUCCGAAAGCUCUACAUGAAAACUCUGUUAAAGAUCUUUGCGUGGGCUACCUUGAGGAUGGAGCGAGGCGCCAAGGAGAAGAACCACCAGCUCUACAAGCCCUACACCAACGGAAUCAUUGCAAAAGACCCCACGUCACUAGAGGAAGAGAUCAAAGAGAUCCGCCGGAGCGGGAGCAGUAAGGCCCUGGACAACACUCCCGAGUUUGAGCUCUCGGACAUUUUCUACUUCUGCCGGAAAGGAAUGGAGACCAUCAUGGACGACGAGGUGACCAAGAGGUUCUCGGCAGAGGAGCUGGAGUCCUGGAACCUGCUGAGCAGGACCAAUUACAACUUCCAGUACAUCAGCCUGCGGCUCACCGUGCUGUGGGGCUUGGGCGUGCUCGUCCGCUACUGCCUCCUGCUGCCGCUCAGGGUAGCUCUCGCCUUCACGGGGAUCAGCCUCCUGGUGGUGGGCACAACGAUGGUGGGGUACCUGCCAAACGGGCGGUUCAAGGAGUUCCUGAGCAAGCACGUUCACCUCAUGUGCUACCGGAUCUGCGUGCGCGCGCUGACGGCCAUCAUCACCUACCACGACAGGAAGAAUCGGCCUAGAAACGGCGGCAUCUGCGUGGCCAACCACACGUCUCCCAUUGACGUCAUCAUCCUGGCCAGCGACGGCUAUUACGCCAUGGUGGGACAGGUGCACGGCGGCCUCAUGGGGGUCAUCCAGAGAGCCAUGGUCAAGGCCUGCCCCCACGUCUGGUUCGAGCGCUCCGAGGUGAAGGACCGCCACCUGGUGGCCAGAAGGCUGACCGAGCACGUGCAGGAUAAAAGCAAGUUGCCCAUCCUCAUCUUUCCAGAGGGAACCUGCAUCAAUAACACAUCAGUGAUGAUGUUCAAAAAGGGAAGUUUUGAAAUUGGAGCCACAGUUUACCCCGUUGCUAUCAAGUACGACCCGCAGUUCGGGGAUGCCUUCUGGAACAGCAGCAAGUACGGGAUGGUGACCUACCUGCUCAGGAUGAUGACCAGCUGGGCCAUCGUCUGCAGCGUGUGGUACCUGCCCCCGAUGACCAGACAGGCGGAGGAGGACGCGGUCCAGUUUGCCAACAGGGUGAAGUCCGCCAUCGCCAGGCAGGGCGGCCUGGUGGACCUGCUGUGGGACGGCGGCCUGAAGCGGGAGAAGGUGAAGGACACGUUCAAGGAGGAGCAGCAGAAACUGUACAGCAAGAUGAUCGUCGGCAACCACGAGGACCGGAGCCGGUCCUGAGCCCCGCCGCCGCUCGGCCGCCCCGGGUCCAGCCGCCUCCGUGUCCCUUUCCGCCGAGUCCUCUGGAGGAAGGCCAUUAAAGUCCCUCCCCACCGAGCCAGAGCAGCCUGAGUGCUGGGUGGAAGCCCGCGUCCCCUCAGGGCCUGGGCGCCGUCUGUCUGAGGCCCGUGUGCAGGGGACCUGGCCGGCCAGCACCGCCCCAGGAGGGCCCGGCCUCGGGGCAGACUCACGGGAGAGACUGUGACUGCAGGCCCCGGGGAGUGCCGUUCUCCCCGAGGGGCCGGUGUGGCCGUGGCUCGGCCCCCCGCUCAGCCGCGGCGCCACGCUCGUCUGUCCCCAGUGUGGGGGGUGGGGACACCUGCCUCCCCGGGUUGUUGUGAGGGAAGGGCGGCCAGCCCAGCGUGGUGGUGCAGGGCCGGGGGCGGGCGGGCGGGCGAGGGAGAGCCAGAGCCAGCAGGGGCUUGGGCUCUGUUCCUGUGAGUCAAUAAAGUUGUCUUUGGUGGUGACUGAA